AUGAUCCCACCUUUACUUGCGGGGGUGAGACACGGCAUUCUACCCGAGUUGAAAGACCUGGCAAUUCAUGAUCGACUCCCGAAUCCUAACGCUAUCCCGGGAGGCGGCACGACUUCAUAUCGACGUGCUACGGAGUUCGAUAUCUAUGUCAAAGGCCAUAUUGAUCGUGGGUCUACCUACAACCUCGCAGAAGCUAUCACUGUACAUGUACAUAAGCACGACUUCUUAAACCACCACGAGGUCGAGACGAUUCUUGAUGCUACCAUCGUGUUAGACAAAGAGUCCAACGACGUCAACACUUGCCUCGGCGAAGCUCAACAUCUGGUAUAUUACACCCGAUUGAUGUUGCGUUCACAAGACCCAGAAGUGAUUCAACAUCGUGAACUUUUCAAGCGUCAAUAUACAGUGUCACGCAAGCAGUACAAGCGGCUUCGGUCCAAGUUACGAGAGCAUCGCAAAGAUGUCAUGGUUCUAUGGGGAAUAAUGGCUCAGGAGAUCAAACGGACCUGCGAUAUCGAGGAUGCUGCUGCUGCUGCUAAUGGAGCGGAACCUGACAGCUCCUCUGUCAGAAAGAGGAAUCCUUCUCCUGUUGAUAACAAAGUGGCCCCAGCGAAGAAACGCUCAGUAUCAGCAAAGACACCCUCAUCCAAAAACUCGACUCGACCUACAACAAAGAAAAAGAAUGUGCAUUUUAACAAUACUCAACUCGCUGGCUCACAAGCAGGACAUAACGGUCAAUCAGCGACGCAAAAUGGUCUUGUUGAGAUCCCCUUUUCCCACACUCCCUUGGUUGAACCAAAAAAGCUCGCGCUAGCAACCGGCACACAUGAAGAGGAUCUCAUAGUCUUUACAGAUAGGGAUUGGUUGGAAGCUGAUAACAUUGUGAACGGCGAAGAGAUCGCUCCCACAUUACCCAAUCAUUUGACAUCAGUUUUUUCGUCAACUAAAAAGAAAAGGACUGGAGUUGAAGUCUUCCCAGACAAAAGACAAAGAAUUGAUCAAACCCGUGUUCAGGGUGAAACAUCAGACCUUUUUCUAAGAGUAACGGUAACACUUAAUAUUACCGUUCGUCCAAAUGACAGACAUAUGUAG